AUGUCCGUGCUUCUUGAGACGUCACUCGGUGACAUUACUAUCGAUCUUCUGGUGGACGAGGCGCCAAAAUGUUGUGAGAACUUUUUGAAGCUAUGCAAACUGAAGUAUUACAACUUCUCGCCUGUGCAUAGUGUCCAGCCCAACUUCUCCUUCCAGAGCGGCGACCCCAUUGGCCCUGGGUCCAGAGACAGCGAUGGUGGCUCCUCAAUUUGGGGCUUACUUGACCCCGCGAAUCCAGCCAAGAGGAGCUUUGCGCCAGAAUUCAAGCACAACCUGAAACAUGCGGAGAUGGGCACCGUCAGCAUGGCCACAGCGUCAAAUCCCGACAAUCCAGACGAACGUUUUGCUGGCAGCCAGUUCAUCAUCACACUCGGUCCGAACAUCGAUUUCCUCGACGGAAAGGCUGCCAUAUUUGGCACAGUUGUCGAGGGGUUCGACGCGCUCGAGAAGAUCAACACGGCAUACGUCGAUGACACGGGCCAGCCGCUCAAAGACAUUCGAAUACUGCACACCGUAGUGCUUGACGACCCGUACGACGAUCCUGCUGGCCUCGUAGAGCCACCAGAGAGUCCAGUCCCCUCCGUCGCACAGCUUGCAACAGUCCGUGUCGCCUACGAUGAGAACCUUGAAGAAGAAAAUGAUCCAGAAAAGCUCGAGAAGAUUAGAAGGGAACGCGAAGCGCGCGCACAAGCUCUCACUCUCGAGAUGGUCGGCGAUCUGCCAUUCGCUGAAGUUGCUCCACCAGAGAACGUUCUCUUCGUCUGCAAACUCAACCCCGUCACGCAGGACGAGGACCUGGAGCUCAUCUUCUCGCGUUUUGGCAAGAUCGUCAGUUGCGAAGUCAUUCGGGACAAGCGCACUGGUGACAGCCUGCAGUACGCCUUCAUUGAAUAUUCGAACCAAAAAGAGUGCGAACAGGCGUACUUCAAGAUGGACGGCGUGCUGAUUGACGACCACCGCAUCCACGUCGACUUUUCACAGAGUGUGUCGAAGAUCGCAGAUGAUUGGCGCGACAACACGAAUAAGAAGAGAAGGCGUGCAGCAGGUGGCUUUGGUGGUAUCGAUAACUUAGAGAAGAAGACACAAUACCGUGGCAAAGGAGGGCGCGAGAUCGUCUCGGACUCCGUCGUCAACAAUCUCGUGGUCGGCCGCGACCAUGCACCAGAGUCCAAGCCACGAGAAGAGCGCGACACGAGACGUGACGGCGCACAACGGAGAGAGCGAAGAGAAGAGUACCACGGCGACAAGCAUAGGCGCGAUCGCAGUCGAAGCCCGCGACGCGAUAGACGCGACCGCGACGACGGACGCUACGAGCCUAAACGGCGAGACCGCAGCCGCAGCCGCAGCCCACGGCGCCGUGACGACCGUAGAGACCGCAGUCGCGACAGGCACAGCGCGGACGACAGAGAUAGGAAGCGAUAG